AAAUAAGGAGCAACAUGACUAAGAUUGCUACUAAAGGAGGAAUGCAAAAACUGAUCUUGAAUUUAUUGAAAGCUUUAGGUUCUAAAGCUAUCAUGAUGUACUUAUUUAUCAGCAUCGUUACUGCGGUAUGACUCAAUCCCUAUCAAAAUAAGGAACCAAAGAUAAUCGAUUGUACCAUGGGUGGAGAAUCUGCUCAUCAGGAAUUUCUAAAAAAAUCUAUUCCAACUGCAGUCUUCCUGGAUACAUCCAGGCAUCUUUUUGAUACUGGAUCUGAUGGACUCCAUCCUUACCCGACUAAAGAGCAAGUUAUCACAGCCAUGCAGAAUAUUGGCGUAACUCUUGAUGAUAAAAUAGUGCUUUACAGCCAGUCUGGCAAGCAUAUGAGUACUGCUAGAGUUUACCAUAUUCUCAAAGCUUAUGGGUUCCAUGAUGUCACAGUUCUUGAUGGCGGACUACACAAGUAUAUCCAAGAUGGGCAUCCAACUGUUCCAGGGGUUGACUACUCUGGGCCUCCCUCUGUCAUAGAAGAUUUGGCAGACCCAUCUCCAUAUAUGAUAGAUAUGGAUGAAAUUAUUGAGUUUGCACAUGGAAAUAGACCAAACAUGCAAAUCAUCGACUCGAGAGAUAUAGAGAGUUAUUAUGGGAAGGAUCCCGGCUUGCUAGCAGGCUAUCUUCCAGGUGUCAAGCAAGGCCAUGUUCCUGGAUCUAUCAAUAUCCCUUACUACCAUUUCAUCGAUCCAGUGGACCAAACAUUUUUAGAGCCUCUGGAAAUAGAACAAAUUCUUGUGUCUUAUGGAAUUGACAAGACAAAGGAUAUUGUUUUGAUGUGUAGAACAGGGAAUACAUCUAAAAUCCUCUACCUAAUUCUCGAAAUAGCAGGCUACUCAGAUGUAAAACUCUAUGAUGGCUCUUGGUAUGAGUACGGAGCUGGAAAUGGGCCAGUUCAUAAUCCUUCUCUUGGAUAAAUU